CCGUUACCUGCAAGCCAGCGAGCCACCCUCAGACGUUUCAAUCAUCUGCUUAUAUCGAUGAUAUCGUUUUGUUGACUCCGUGACACCCUUACUCCCGCGCAUUCUCUGAUAUCCACCUAUCGUGAUGCUCCGAGCCGAAAAAGACACAACGCACAAUUGUCUUGGGCCGCAUCUGCACAGGAGCAACUGUGGUGGUGUCGGCCACUGCAUCAGGAGGUUGAUUGCGGCCCGUUCCUGAAUAGGUAUUCAGCGCCACCCUGCGGUGGCAAUAAAGACCACAAGGCCCAAGCGGACAUCUCGCUAACCUGGAAACGCCUUGUUGCUUGCAUCGAGGCCACACAUCGGGGCCGCAACCCUGGGCUGCAGCCACAGCUACGGUGGGUAUCUGUCAGUAGAAAUAGCCGUCAUGCAGUGCUCCGCUGCAUCAUCACACAACCGCUCUCCCUCGUGUCUGUGGCGUAGCAUCGUGCACACCUUCGAAGACACUGCUGCCACUUUAGAGUUCUCCAAAGAGAUCGACAACUCCCACACGCUUCAGCGAAUGAAUCUAUUGAAGAAGACAUCACGAUCAAGGGCGAGCUCUGUCUCUGGUCCUUCUGAAGAGCGCGACCAUCCUCGGUCUGAGAAAUCCAAAGGCGGGCUUCAACGUCGUGCGAGUUCACGCUCACACAAACGCUCGAUCAAAACUGAUGACAUCAGCGUCCCGUUCACGCCACAGCUAGAUGGCCGGGACCGUCUCAGUCCCUCCUUAGAGCUUUCAAGGACGACCGAAGCGGUGCGUCCGCGUGGACUAUCUCUGGAUGAGUCUGCUCAGGGACAGCCUAUGCGCCCCACUUUCAAAUCGAGUAAAACGACACCGCCCGGCCAUGUCGUGUUUGCCGAUGCAGCAUCCUCCAGACAACUGUCCCCGCCACCUUCCUCCUCAAUGUCUAAUUAUCGCUCCACAAGCUCAUUAAACUUGCCAUUGAAGACCGCGAGUAUGAAAUCUCUUCCGAUGUUUGAAUUCGAGCAUGGUCCCCGCGGAAUGAAGAAUGCAGUUUGGGACCGUCUGUCACCCAAGGACAAGAAGCAACUCUACGAGAAGUAUACGAAGGACGAACAAUACCCCCCGGAGAUAGAAGAGCAAAGAAAGUCUCUGACAGGCCUUUCUGGCGAUGGUCCAGACUGCAGCCCUGUAGAGCCGCAUGUAUACUGGGACAGGGUCACAUCUCCAGCGGCAUCCAGGCAAUAUAGCUCAACGAGUACUGGUGCAGAAAGUCGGCAGCACGAUGAUCGGAAACGCACAGGACGGCAUGGUCUUGAUGCCGCAGAAAUCGAGCGGGCAUCUCCACUGCGGCAUAGCCACCGAGGGCAAGCGUCCACAGACAAAAAUGACGGCGGCGAGUGGGAGUACCGUCGACAACAAGGCGAUGUCCUCAACAUGUACAUCCCGCCCACAAGACCAAGGAGAACCAGAGUCCGACCUGAGGUCUCGGACGCGUACGGCUCUCCAAAGGCCAGUUAAUGCGCUAAGCGUGUCGGUAUCAUUAUACCGUCUCAUGACGAUUGCGAUGGAUAUUCGUCUCCCUGCUCAGCAGAUUUGGGGGACGAUGGAAGACCUUUUUGUAUUAUUGCACGGGAUCCGGACAUUCCAGCUCAUUUCUAUGAUACCUUUCUGGAUUUAGGAACUUGGAUUGGAUAUACUUAUGCUCACAUAUGGAUGGAUGAAAUUGAUACCUACAUUCUACGC